UAAGUCUUCUUCAUGAGCGGUUAACAGGUCUUCCGAAGAUCGAAGAAAUACGUCCAUCUUACCUGCGAAGUAACAAUCUUGCACUGACACAAUUUUGUAUUAUUCUCAUUUCAUGAAGAGGAAAUCAUUAUAAAGGACUACUAUUUAUCAACAUUUCUGUACAUGUUUGCGUUUCAUACUUUACUUUACAGAAUAGGCCUGGUAAAGUCCUUUUUGUGUGUCAUCAAUCUCAGCCAAGAUUGUAUGACUGGUUGCCAAUAAACCUGCCGAAAUACUGAACCUUUUACUAAUGAAGAGAGCUGAAAGAAAGCUACAAUCUUUACUACAUUCUACAACCAUCAACUGCACUGGCCAGAAUCCAACUUCCAACUAAAACAAUGGAGCCUUUACCAUAUUUACAGGAAGUCGAGAUGAUUCAUCUUUCCAGAGCCAUACCCCAUGCGAGUUACUCAGAACUGUGUAUCCACCUGGGCUACCCCCAUAAUUGGAAUCAAUCAAUUCUCUCAACUCAUCUAAAUGAUUACAGUAAGGCUAUCAUUGAUAUUCUGAUCAAGUGGAAUACUAAACAAGCAGACACAAGCCAAUCACGAUCAAUCCUGGCGACAAAGCUUCAAGAUGUGGAGCUUGGUGGACUAGGGACAAAAUUGUCCGAAGGUGAAUAUCUCCCAAAGCAGCAGGACCCACGUGAACAAGAGGCGACUCCACCGCAAAGUACGUCAGGUAUCUACGGUAAGAAGAUCUCGGCAUCGUUGACUGUUGAGCGAUGUCGCGAAAAGUUGGAGAAUAAGUACCGAAAACAAUUGUGCAAAAUUCAAAUGAAACCGUGGGAUCAAAGUGAUUAUGCUGAGUUCGAUGAUAUGCACACGGUUGUCACAAUUGUGAAGAAGGACGCUAGUGGACAAGACACGAAAAAGAAGGAAAUACUCAAGGAUUCUGUUGCUGAUAUAUUUUCAACGAAAGUAAACGGAGAACUGCCAGCUCGAAUCCUCAUUUCGGCCCCCGCUGGAAGAGGGAAGACCACGGCUGUCGCUAAGAUGGCUUACGAAUGGGUUCACAGAGAAAAGGGGUCAGCACUAGAACACCUGCCACUUCUGUUUGUUGUGAAAUUCCGAAACACAAGUCAGCUUACAUCAAUCGGAAAAGCUAUCAAAACCCAGCUUUUAAGUGAUGUUGAUGAUCUUAAACCAGAGGGUCUGGAGAGUUUCAUUAGAGAGAAUCAGAGAAUCUGUCACAUCAUACUAGACGGGCUAGAUGAGUAUGCGGGUAUCUCUUCUUCAAACCGAAGCUCAGAGAGCAAUAUGGUCAGUGUUAUCCGCUGGGAGGAAUUUCCAGAGUGUCGAGUUCUUGUAACAACACGUCCUCACCUAGAGAACUUCUUCAAUCAAGAUGAUCUUCCAAGGGUAUACACAAAGAUGGGGAUCGAAGGAUUCUCACGAGAGAACUCACGUGAGUACAUCGACAAGUUCUUUGCUUCGACUUCGAAUAAUUAUAGCAGACAUGGUCAUGGUCUGAAGGUUUACCUUGAUGAACAACCACUCAUUAAUGAACUUGUUAAAACACCUCUAUUUUGUCUCAUGGUCUGUCAUUUAUGGAGCGAGGGGCUUUUGAACACUGAAAUUGCAACUCAAACAGAAUUAUUAGACAGCGUGAAUGUUUUUUUGAUGCACCAUGCCAACGUCCGAUCAAAGUCAAGAGUGACAAUCACACGCCAAAAGUUGAGGGAAACCAUUUGUAAAUUAGGCAAAGUGGCUCUUACAGGUUUGCUCGACGAUGCUAAAAAACUAGUCUUCACGCCUAAUGAUUUUCGCAAAGUUCCCGCAAUCCUUGAAAGAGCAUGUGAGCUUGGGAUAGUAUCCAAGACGACUGUUUCAUCAACACGACUCCCUCAGUCCAACGAAACCACUUCCACUACCAUUGAGUUUUAUCACAAACUAGCACAAGAACACUCAGCUGGGAAAUUCCUCGCUGAUCAAACAAAACACAUCCUGUUGCGUCUGAAGAUUUCUGAGUUAGACAAAGUAAUGCUCAAGAUCAAAGCAAACAUCAGUGACUACGAGAAUCUCAUCCGAUUCGCGGCUGGCACGGAUAACAGCCUCUGUAUGCGAAUAAUGGAGGCGCUCCUUUCCAACAGCUUUUUGGAUGAGAGCGAGCGAUAUCGCAUUCUCCUUGACUGCUCAUCAGAGACUUCGGGUGCUGAAGGAAAUUUGUCUUCGUUGGUUCGAAGAUGCGUCACAGCACGGAGUAUGGUUCUUAAGUCACCAACUGUCUACACCGUCAUUGGAAUGAAAAAUCUUCCAACGCAACUAAAACGUGAGGUUAGGGCAGUGCAGUUCGAGGGAUCUACUCUAACCAACGACGUGACGAAUGGAAUAUGGUCUUGUCUUGGAUCAUUUUCGAUGCUGCAUACCCUCACAAUCUCAGACUCUCCUAUCAGUUUCCCUCCAUCUCUACCUAAGCUUCCAUCAUUCACAAAUCUAUCAGCCGAGAGAAUGACAUCACUCUGCUACGAAGGUUUGCUCCCAUCGAUACCUGGUUUGAGCGAGAUCGAUGUCUAUAUUGAUGUUGCAGAGCUAGAGAUAAACAACACUAUUCAGAUCACCACUGCCUCCAGACCUAUGGGUCGACCGAGGGCUAGGGAUGAACAGUCCUUUGUUCAUAUCAGACUACACGCCUCGCCAGCACUCACCAUAGACAGGAAGAUUGAUUUAGGAGAGUCAAUUGGAGGGCUUAGUCUUCUAUUUGAAGACCAAACCAAAAACCAACAGCGGCUGCUUGUGUCCGGAGCGAGGGGCAGAAGUGAAGAAGCCUUGGUUGACCUGUUUGUCAAGACUAAGCAACUAACGUCCAUGAAUUCGGGGAGUGGAGGUGGUUCUCUUAACAGCGACGGGUAUGCCAUCCUGAAUACUGGGCUUGAGAUACAGCAGUGCCAGCUAUCUACUGAGAUGACCAAAAGGUUGUGGUCUAGCCUCACAUCUUUCACCUCACUGAACCAUCUCACCAUCUCAGAUUCCUCUCUCAGUUUCCCUUCAUCUCCUCCGGAGCUUCCAUGCGUCACAAAGCUAUCGGCCGAGAGAGUGACGUCACAAAGCUACGAAAGAGUGCUCUCAUUGCUACCUGGUGUGAGAGAGAUCGAUGUCUCUAUCGAUGUUACAGAGACGAGCAACACUUUUCAGAUCACCACCGCAUCCAGGCCUAUGGGUCAGCCCAGGGCUAGGGAUGAACAGUUCUUCGUUCAUAUCAGACUACACGCCUGGCAAGGACUCACCACAGACAGGAAGAUUGAUUCAGGAGAGUCAAUUGGAGAGCUUAGUCUUCUAUUUGAAGACCAAACCAUAAAUCAACAUCGGCUGCAUGUGUCCGGAGUGAUGGGCAGAGACGAAGAAGACUUGGUUGGCAUGUUUGUCAAGACUAAACAAUUAACGUACUUGAAUUCGGAGAGUGGAGGUGGUUCUCUAAACGAAAAGUACGCCAUUCAAAAUACUAGGCUUCAGAUACAGCACUGCAAUCUAUCUACUGAGAUGACCGUGAAGUUGUGGUCCUGCCUCAGAUCCUUCGCCUCACUGAAACAGCUCAGCAUCUCAGACUCCUCUCUCAGUUUUUCUUCAUCUCCUCCGGAGCUUCCAUCCGUUACAACGCUAUCAGCUAAGAGAGUGACGUCACAAAGCUAUGGAGGUCUGUUGUCAUCGUUUCCUGGCUUAAGCGAUAUCGAUAUCACUAUCGAUGAUGCAGAGAGAGACAUACCUCUGAUCACGGCUGGUCUUCGUCGGACCAGAGGACAGCAGCUCACAUCCAUCAGUCUUGAAGCAGCAUCAUCACUCCCAUCAGAGAAGAACCAUGUAUCGAGAGAGACGAUGAGAGACCUGGGUCUUCUGAUCAGAGAACAAACCAAGGACCUGCAGUGGCUAGGUCUGUCCGGUAUAAAGUGCUUGGACGCAGAAGACUUGGUUGAACUUGUCGAGUCGUCAGCAUCUUUAAAAUCUUUGGAUAGUCUGCAUUUACAGUCUCUUGAAGGUGGGUCAUUCCACUACGAUAGACAAAUAGAUGUCCAGAUAAAGCAAUGUCUAUUAUCUACUGAGAUGACUGCCAGAAUGUGGUCCUGUCUCAGAUCCUUCACCUCACUGGACCAUCUCACCAUCUCAGACUCCUCUCUCAGUUUCCCUUCAUCUCCUCCGGAGCUUCCAUGCGUCACAAAGCUAUCGGCCGAGAGAGUGACGUCACAAAGCUACGAAAGAGUGCUCUCAUCGCUACCUGGUGUGAGAGAGAUCGAUGUCUCUAUCGAUGUUACAGAGACGAGCAACACUUUUCAGAUCACCACCGCAUUCAGGCCCAUGGGUCAGCCCAGGGCUAGGGAUGAACAGUUCUUCGUUCACAUCAGACUACACGCCUGGCAAGGACUCACCACAGACAGGAAGAUUGAUUCAGGAGAGUCAAUUGGAGAGCUUAGUCUUCUAUUUGAAGACCAAACCAUAAAUCAACAUCGGCUGCAUGUGUCUGGAGUGAAGGGCAGAGACGAAGAAGACUUGGUUGGCAUGUUUGUCAAGACUAAACAAUUAACGUACUUGAAUUCGGAGAGUGGAGGUGGUUCUCUAAACGAAAAGUACGCCAUUCAAAAUACUAGGCUUCAGAUAAAGCAAUGUCUGUUAUCUACUGAGAUGACUGCCAGAAUUUGGUCCUGUCUCAGAUCCUUCACCUCACUGGACCAUCUCAGCAUCUCAGACUCCUCUCUCAGUUUCCCUUCAUCUCCUCCGGAGCUUCAAUUCGUCACAAAGCUAUCAGCCGAGAGAGUGACGUCACAAAGCUAUGAAGGUCUGCUCUCAUCGCUUCCUGGCUUGGGAGAUAUCGAUAUCACUAUCGAUGAUGCAGAGAGAGACAUACCUCUGAUCACGGCUGGUCUUCGUCGGACCGGAGGACAGCAGCUCACACACAUCAAGCUUAGCGCACCGCCAUUACUCCCAUCAGAGAAGAACCAUGUAUCGAGAGAGACGAUGACAGCACUGAUCAGUGGACAAACCAACCUAGUUUGGCUACAUCUGUCCGGAGUGAAGUGCAAAGACGAGGAAGACUUGGUUUACCUCAUCGAGUACUGCAGCUAUGUAAAGAACAUGUCAUAUGUGCGGUUAGACAACUGUGGAAGUAGAGAGGGCGGCAGACUGGGAUCUCAUCUCAUUGAACUUGGCAAACCAACUCGAGCCAACGAUCAGCUCCGUGUUAAUGUUUAUCAUGAUGGUAUACGGGAUGAAAAACAUUAUUACAUUUCUCACUAUGAUGGAGAUCCAGUGUAUUACCGGCCAAGCUGCCAUGUACCAUUGUCUUAUACCUGAAAUACAUCACUAUGCUCGUUGGAUGACCUCAUACAUCAUUUCUUACAUUGGUUAGGUUACACUGAUGACUACGAACUACCCGGUUAAGCGGAUAUACGUCACAAUGUUUAAGGUGAUAAUUGUUACUGCACAAUCGAAUCAAUAGAAAUGAUAACAUACAUCUUGUCUUGCCCUCAUCGGAGUGAAUCGCAAAAAUAAACGCGCGCUUGUUCUCCCAGCUUCAGCUUAUAUUUUCUCAGAUGAGUCAAAAAUGAAAAUAUAUAUUAUGAUCAGUUUUCGUUUUUCUCACUUUGUUCGAUAAUGUUAAAUACUGUGAUUAAUGCAGUUAAGAUUAUUUUACACUCGUAUUCACAUAAUGUAAGACCAGAAAUUGAGCGUUUUUUAUAUAUUGAAUUUCGCUGAUAUCCUCUUCUCAAGAUCAAUUGGAAUUGUUUAAUAACUAUUACAAGUUUUCAAAUUCAUCAAAGCAUCGAUCAACAUACUGUAAGAUAACUGAAUUUUAAGAAAACCUUUAGGGAAGUGUCUAUUGAAGUAAUGAAUGGGUGUGAUCCAAAGACUAGGAAUGUUCGAGCACAACUCUCAUAUCUUCGAUUGUGUAACAAUAUAUACAAAAAUCAAUAAUAAAU